AGUUCAAUCAAAUACAAUCGACGACAAUGUUUCGUUCAGCCUACCAGAAAGGUUUCCUCACCGUCCUCUACAGCGUGGGCAGCUCACCUCUGGCCAACUGGUCGUCCUAUACCAAGAACGGCUACAUCAAACGCAUCUACGAUGAGGACAUCAAGUCUCUGGUGCUCGAGAUCAUGGGCUCGAAUGUGUCCACCACUUUUAUACACUGCCCCAGCGAGUGCAAGGAGCAGCUGGGCAUCAAGCUGCCCUUCCUGGUGCUCCUCAUCAAGAACAUGCACAAGUACUUUUGCUUCGAAGUUAAGAUUCAAGACGAUCAGCGCUUCAUGCGUCGCUUCCGGGUGUCCAAUUUCCAGAGCAAGACCUCCGUGAAGCCCUUCUGCACGGCCAUGCCCAUGGGCAUGUCGCCGGGCUGGAAUCAAAUCCAAUUCAAUCUCGCCGACUUCACGCGUCGGGCAUAUGGGUCCAACUAUCUGGAGACCGUAUCCCUGCAGCUGCAUGCCAACGUGCGCAUCCGGCGCAUUUACUUUGCCGACAAGCUCUACACGGAGGCGGAGUUGCCCAACGACUACCGCCUGAUGGGCAAGCCCAAGGACCUCAAGAAGCCGGAGAAGCAGUUCAAGGUGCAGGCCACCGCCCGUCCUCCGUCGCCCCUGAACACGGCCCGUGGCGAGAAGGGUCCGUCGAAGGACACCGAGCAGGAUACCGCAGGUCCCCCCACAGACGUUCCCAGCGAGCCGGAGCCCAUGCUGCAGAAGUCUCCUUCGCCGCCCGUUCUGCAGAAGGCUCCGUCGCCGCCAGUUUCCGCUCCACCAGAGCCCGCCGCCGAGGAGCCAGCCCCGCAAACGGAGGCCACCGAAGAGGCCUACUACUAAGUUAUUGUUCCUAUUCGUUGUUACUUUUUAUCAGUUGAUGCGCGACUGGGAGUGGAAAGUGAACAUCUCUUAAAUUUCCAGUCAUAGAGGCUAUGAGCUCCCUUUAUCUCA